AUGAACCAGGUCACCGGGGAGCUCUUCCAGCCCAAUGACCUCAUCCCAGGUAAGGUGGUCAAGAUUUACAACAACGAGUUCCUGAUCGUGGACAUGGACGAGUACUCCAAGAAGGUCUUCGAGAACCCGGAUGCUUUGCUGCGAAGGUUCGAUCUGGAGGCGGUGCUCCAAAAGAUCAGGGACUCCAUGCGGCAGCAGUAUCCGCUGGUGCGGGACGUCUUCAGGAAGUUCGACAGCGACCACGACGGUGUGCUCACAGUGGCCGAGUUCCAACAGGCGCUGGAGAAGUUCGGCUUCCAGCUUUCUCCCGAGGAUGUGCUGAAGAUCAUGAGGCACUUCGACACUCGAAAGGAUGGCCAGGUGAGCUACAACGAGUUCUGCGACGCCCUGUUAGAUCCUGACUGGACCACUGUGAUGAUGCAGACCAAGCCACCCUUGGAUGAGCCACGGCUGCUGGACUCGCAUGACCACAGCUACGCCGAGCGGGCCAUGGUGAAGUCCGCGGAGCGGGCAGAGACAACGCAGGUUCGCAAGGCCAUCAAGGACAUGGGUGACGUGCUGUACAAAAAGCACCUCUGCGACAUUCAUUGGUUUCAAGGCUAA